UGGGUGUCGAGACAAGCCCCCCUUCUGGAAUGUGCGAGAGCGCCCGCGCGUCUGCUGAAUGGACAAAAGCAAAGGCGGUCAGAGCCGCAAAGGGGGAAUAGUAAUGUGUCGAAGUGAGUCUUGCUCUCUCUUGCUCAUUUCCUAUUUGUGCUGGUGCUGGUGCUGGGACGAAAAUGCGAUGACUGUCCUGCACAGGGCUAGGACGGGGUACGCUACCACAAAAAAAAGGGGGCCGGGGGGGCAACUUACAGCAGAGAUAAUCGCAAUGCCCCUGGAUUUCACGACCAUCCGUCCAUCGUGAUUUGAGCAAGCGAAAUUAUUCAAAGACACAGAACCCUCU